GAGCCGGAAUUUUGUUAUGGUUAAUUUUACGUGAUAAAUCUGCAUAUUGUACGUGUUUUAUACCGUCUGGAAGACUAAUUUCAUGUUGUAAUUCGAUAAAAUUGAGCCUUCCUGUUGAACGUUAAUGGCCAACAGCAAAAUGGUUUGGCGGCGAGCGGGCCGAUUCGGAUAUGCGUUGUUUUGGCAUAUCUGCAAUGCAGGCGUGCCUCGUUUCUCUACUCAGUCAAAAGCGUGUGCGGGAUUGAUAUUUCUGGGUAAAUAUUUCGGUCGUGAAACUAGGCGUGUUGUUAAAAAAUUAAUUUACAAAUAGCACACCCCUCCCCGCCCAUCUUUUUAUUUUUGUUUACAAAUGGAUAUCUCGUCUCCCCGAUGAACUGUUUAUGUUCUCACUAUGGCAAAUAUAGAAGCAAUUGAGGAAUAAUUCAAGUGUUAAAUCGCGUGCUGGUUUUAAUAUUACGUGACCUUCUCGAUUGAAUUUCAAUGACACGAUCGCAAAGAGAUGUAAAAUGAAGAAGAAUGGGUCUGUAUAAGUUGAAAUAUAUUGAGACUUGAGACAAAUUAAAAGUAAACAAACACAUAUCAAGAUGAGCAGUUCCGAGGAUAGUACUUCCACGGAAUAUUCGACUGAUUCGUCGGACGAAGAUGGAAUGGAAACAGCUUUAAUAUGCGGUACAAAACUCCAAUUACCUCAGGGGCUAUGUGACAAACAAGAUAUAUUUGAAGAGUUUUUCACAGUGGACUUGUGGAAUUCUUUCUCAGACGAUGAUAAAGAACACUUACAAUCAUUUUUACCCAACUUUCCCGAAAACGAUGACUUAGAAAAAACGAAAACUUUGCAGAGGUUGUUUGAUUUUAAGAACUUUAGGUUUUCAAGCCCUUUAAUUAAGUUUUACGAGCAACUAAAAGCUGGAUACUUUAGACCAGACAUUGCUCAGAUGCGAAAAGCUAUCCAUAAAGCUGAAAAGAAGGAAGGGAAAUAUAGGUUUAGGAGUUUUAGGGAACAGUUAAAAAAUGAAGUUUUAGAAUCUCAAGAAAAGCAUCUGAGCCAAAUAAGGUGUUUGCCUCCUGGUGUAGAAAUUAAACAAGAAAAACGAAAGUUUGUUAUGGACUAUGUACCUCAAAGGACUAAAAAACGAUAUUUUCAAAUUUUGGGUUCAAUCAAAUCUAAAACAGACGAUACAGAUCUUUCUUCAGAUGAAAAUUACCCAGAAGGCCCACCUGCAGCAUUGUCACGUAAACAAAAAAGACACCUGAAUAGUAUAAGAAAUCAUUUGAAUAAUACAAAAGAAAGAAUGUUUGGCUCGACUAUGGUAGCUAAGUUAAAUGGAUUUUCUAUCGAUUUGGAAAAAUAUGUAGUGUCUCAUUAUAAUCCUUUUUAUAUAAAUGAUGAAUCCUAUAAAACUAUGUUGUAUCAGCAUAAGAAAAGGAAAAUAGAUAACUGUGAUCCUCAAGAACUGAACCUGGAAGGUAUUUCAAUAUCAGACAUAGUGAACAGAACCCAACUGCCAUUCAUCAAAAACCUCCAAAACAAAUCUCCCCAAUCCGAAACUAUUUCUAAAAACUCACGAAAAAGGCAAAGAAAAGAAAAUCAUCACAGAAAAUCAUCGGAAAUGCCAAAAAUCAGCUCACAUUUACUGAACAAUCAUAGCUCAAAUUCUGACAGUGAUUCAGAUUCGAUUAUAGAUGCAGUUACUAUCCCUCCAAGCAAUAAAAGGAUCAAAACAAAUAAACCUACUAAAGUCAUAGCUCAGAAAACUUUAUCACCUGUCAUUAAAGAUGAGAUUAAAACUGAAGAAAUUGACGUUGUUGAUCAUCCAGUUAUUGAGUCUCCUUCAUCUUCAAAUACUCUGAACCUCAAUGAAGUAGCUGUGAAUUCGAUUAAUACAACUAUACCAUCAAUUUCGACAAGCUUCAGCAAGAUUGCCCAAAUAAAGAUGGAAGAUUUGGAGACUAUAGAUAUAAUGAACACACCAAUAGAGCUUGAUAGUUCAGAAAUAGACAUUAUGGGGUUGAGUAUCAAGCCAGAACUGAUGCAAGAUACACAUGCUAGCUUCUUUUCUUUGGUUAGGGAUAUAAUAUGUUCGACCAGUGAGCAUAGGAUGAACAUGUACACGCUGCAGGAGAGGUUGAAGGCUUGGCAGGAGAAUCCUAUAUCUCCUUUGAAUGAUUGGUAUAGUUAUGUUGACAAUUGGAUCAAUAUUCUGCCCUCUGCAAUAACGUUCCUUUGUGGAAAUGCUUCUGAGCAGCCUGAUGACUUUGUUCCUUACAUGGAGUACAAGCAGCUUUUGGACGCCUACCAAUGGAUUGGUGCAGGAAGAGAUUCAGAUCCGCUGUUGUCGUCUUUGUGUAGUUUUUGGUUACAACAUAGAACUGAGAAUAAGCUGGUGUCACCGACUGAAAUUGACAUUGACAUAGCUGAUAGGGACAGCACACCGCCUCCACCUAGAUGUCCUACUACGUGGAUAGUAAGGAAAGCCACUCCAGAAGAAAUAAGGGAAUACAGGGAUCAAGAACGCAGGCGAUAUGAUAAUCCACAUAAGGCCUUUACUUAUCGAUGCAACGGAUACGAAUCAGUAGUAGGCCCCCUGAAGGGCAUCUACAACCCCGCAUCGGCCAAUACCAAGGCUCGUGGCCACACAAUGCUCAACGCCAACCGACCAAACUUUGUCACUAUCCUCUCUCUAGUGAGAGAUGCCACUGCCAGACUGCCCAAUGGCGAAGGGACCAGAUCAGAUAUCUGCGAACUUUUGAAAUCGUCGCAGUACAUAUCGAACACUGCCCCUGAUAAUGUUUUGCAAUCUGUGGUUUCUGGUGCUUUGGAUAGGAUGCACACUCAGUGGGAUCCGUGCGUUAAGUAUGACCAGAAACGAAAGAUCUGGAUCUAUUUACACAGGCACAGAACGGAAGACGACUUUGAAAGAAUCCAUCAACACUAUCAAGGCGUGCAGAAAAUCAAGAAAACUGCGAGAAAAUCGCCCGCCAAACCCAAGGCCAAGGGAGAGAAAGGUUCAAAGUCUAAUAAACAGAAGGCAGCAGUUGCGGCAGCUUCUAGCGCUACCGCUGUACCUGUGAGCAUACCCGAGCAAAACGAUUCCACUGAAGCGCAGGCUACGGUGGAGAUAGAAGAUUUUUCAGAAAUCAAACAAGAAGUCGUGGAAGCUAUCGAUAUCCUGGAAACUGUUGAUCAACAAGGCGUUAAACACUACCAAACAUCCGAUUCUAUCAUAAAAGUUUCAGCGCUGCACAAACCUAAAAACGUCAGACGACAGAGCUUGCUACAGAAUAAGGUAGCCAAUACCUUGGACGAAAAAAUAGUAGUCGGCCUUCCAAGUUUGGUCAAUACUACUCAGAAGACCACUAGUCUUCUUUUAAGCAAUAAUCCAUCGAAACAAACACUCCAAGAAACUGUUCAGACUGGUUCUCCAACAUCCUCACCUAUGAAAACUCAAUCUCUGAUUAAACAGUCAAUCAGAAAAGACUCAGUUGACCAGGAAUCGCCAGAAUUAGUUCAGAUAUCUGGUGUUCUCAAGGGCAAAGGUCAGAUGGUGAAGAUAAUGUCACCUUCUCAAGGCAAAUCCGUCAUUAUUCCCACUUCAAACCCGCAAAUUUUGAAGCAGAUCCAGGAGAAACCCGUUAAGACGCAACAACAGUAUAUACAUGGUGUUGCGUUGCAGUCAAAGCAGAAAUCUGGCACAAAAUUGGUUGAAAUAUCAAAUACUGACACUAUCAAGCAAAUAGACAAAAACAAGGCUGGAGUUAAUAUUCAACAAGUGUUGCAAACUACUGGCAAUCAGAACGUUAAAAAUAUGACGCUUCUAAGACCACAUGGUGCAGUUCAGAAUAUUUCUCUAGCUUCAGUCAACGUGCAUUCGACUAACGAAUCGCAACAAAAUUUGCAAAACAUUGUUACAGUUGCUGUAUCAAAAGGGAUUCAACAAAAUGAGAGUGUACAAAUCAAAACACCAGCUAAUCUUACUCCAGCCCAAACACAACAAAUCCUGCAAACUAUCAAGCAGAAAUAUUUACCCAACACAAACCUUUUGGCAUCUCAACAACAGAUUAUUUUCAAGCAAAAAGGUGGAUUGGUUCAGGUUCAGAAGCAGGGAGCUGUACAGAAAUCUAAUAUAGAUGGAUUGACCAAAUCAAAUCCACCCAGUCAAGGUCCAGUGGUAGCUAAAGUACUGACAAAUGCAGCAGGACAAGUUAUAUCAGUUGAAAACUUACUAGCUCAUCAGAAAGCACACGGAUCUCUACCUCCAGGUACGACUUUGAGAGUUCAGGGAACGAAAACGGGACAACAGAAUAUCAUUCACUUGACCAGCAGCGCCAAACCAAACACAGUGGCGCAAUUUACUGUAGGGGCUCAAAAUAAUAUUGUAACGUUAAAUACCCAACCCAAAUUGGUGGUAGCGUCUCAGACUGCGACAAUAUCAACUACAAGAGCUCAUUCUACAAGAACUGUAACGACUCCUAGAACUCAGCAAACCUCCAAAACGAGUAUGGCUCAGCAACUGAUGAAUUCGAAGAUCGGCGCUUCGGAAUCGCAGAAAAUUGUCCAGUCCAAGCUUGUGAUGGGUCAGAAUAUAAAAGUUCAACCUUCAAAAUGUGGCGCAAAGGCGACUAACAUUGCAGGGAACAGCUUAAGAAUGGUCAACGCAGCUAAUUUGAACUUGACCACAAUCGAUGGUAAACCGGUGUUGCUGGCCAGCAAAACUGGGACUAUUCAGAACAUCCAUAAUCAGAAUGUCAUUUUACAGACUCAUCAAGCAUCAGGAGGGUCGUCCUUAGUUCUGCAAACUCCCGCCGCCAAAAAGGGUGUCGCUGGUUCCAGCCAAGGGCAGAGUUCUCCAAGCAUCAACGUCAUCAAUCCAUCAGGGAACAUUGUUUUCACUCCUCCCACGUUAAAAGGUCAACUGCCCCAACAAGUACUACUGUCAAGUCAACAGAAAACGGCAUCAACGCCUGGAACAGUUUCAUCACAAAAUCACAUAGUUUUGGGUGGCCAAUCUAUAAGACUUCAAACCAGCAAUGCCACAGGUAGCCAAAGAGUAGUAUUGGCUAGUCAAGGCCAAGGAGGUCAGAUCCUGGCCCAGCAGAUUCUUCUGCCUGCUGGCUUUCAAGGAACGGCCAUUAAUAUAAAGUCAUUACAAGGUGUCAAGGUCAUCCCCAUAGCCCAGACUCAAGGAAAAGGUGGUCAAAGUAGACAGAUAUUCGCCAAAGUGAUGAGCCCGAAUAUUAUUAAACAAGCGGCCCAAACGCCAACUGUCAAGUUACAAGAAACCCUAACGAUAAAUUCAUCAGAAAGUGAUUAACAAUUGUAGAACCUUUAUAAGUUUUAUUAUUUAGUUGAAUUUUCGCUCAAAGCAGAAAGAAAAACCGCGGCGAGUUGUGCGAAGUAGAACUAUAGUAAUAAAAAUAGUUUAUAUUUUGAUGUAUUUAUAGACAAAACAAGUAAAUUAUUUUCUUUUUAUUUGUGUAUAUAUUUGUACGUAGUAUAUUUUGUUGUGAUUAUAGUCGGUUUUAAAACAGUAUUUACUUGAGCAAAAAAUAUAUGAAAAAAAUAU